AUGUAUCGCAUCGACAUGCCUGGACGCGUAGGAGAAUCGAGUAAAAGGUCGACCCGAACCAGAACACCGCGCAGUUCUUUAUCUCAACCACCAUCCUCCAGCCCGCGUAGCUCAGAGAAGAAGCGGCAGGCAGAGAAAGACAAGAAAAAGAAGAAGACCCAGAAAGUAGAGGGUACAGAUGAUUUCUGGGAGAUCAAGCGCAUCGUGGAUCAGGAAGAGCGCGACGGAGAGACUUGGUAUCUAGUGGACUGGGAAGACAACAAAGUCACUGGUGAAUCCUACCCCUACGAGUGGGUGCACCAUUCAGGAGUUACCCUUCCAGCAAUUGCAGAGUGGCAGAACAGACCGAAAGACAGCACACCACCUCGCGGCGAGACCAGCUCCCUGCCUGCUCUCGAACCCGAGUCUCCUACAGACAGUCGGCCGGUCCGGUCAAGAAAGCGGAAAUUGGUAUCCAGGGCAGAAGUCGCUGCAAAGAGAGCCCGGCACGCUAGCCCAGAACCUUCUGCAGAAUCACAAGCAGCACAAGCGAUAAUACAGGAGCACGAAGUCGAGGACGAUAAACCAGAGAUCCCUGAUAGUUACGAGGAAGAGCGAGGAAAUCUACAGACAACGCACGUAGACUCGCAAGACGGCGCAGCCGAGGGCGAGGGCGAGGGCGAAGGCCAGCUUCCCGAACUACAAGCUCUCGUGGAAAUUGGCGCUCCUAAAGACUUUGAUCCAAGCGCAUACACCACUUAUAACUUCAGCUCCUCCUUGGAAGCACUUGAACCCCGUAGAGACUUCUCAAGUGAUCUCGCCCAAUCUCAGGAACACCAGAGAUCUGUACGACCAAGGGUCACAGACGAAAGCGGUCUAUCACACUCCUCUUCCGCUCCGCAAGCCCGUCAGCUAUCCCCAUCUCCAAAUAGCUGGAACAAGGACACCCAGGGCGAGGAAUUUCUAUUUGAGGACAAUCGGUUCUCCAGGACUUCACGUACUCCAGAGGUACCCAGUGACCCCAUCCAAUCGUCUUCUCCUGUGAUACGUCGUUCGUCACAAGCACCAUUCAUUUGGGAUUCGGAUAUUGAAGACGAGGAACAGGAAGAACCACUAGAAGUCCCUGACUCUCAAGAGCCUCGAGGCUCUUCGUCAUACAAACCUUCGGGAACCUCCACAUCCAGACCCGACUCUUCAUCCAACACUACAACAAGGCGGAAUACGCAUACUGAUACAGAAGCGUCGCUUGAGGCAAUCGAGUCCCGAAACAGCCAGGUUUUCACUUCUUCGAGCAAGCAACAAGACUCUGGGAGCAUUGAAAGCCAAUUUGCUCAGCGUGCAAGUGCCUUUGACCACGAAGGUUACACUCAAACUCCCGAACCAACGUCCGCACAAGUACUAAGUACACCUACUCAAAGCUCACACUUUUUAGACGCGAUUUCGAGUAAUCCUCACCUCCCAGAGUCAGCUAAUCAAUUUCUUGACGAAGCAGCUGGGCCUCCAGCUGAGAUUGCGAGUUCUAUCUUAUUCCAGCCCCAAGUGCUUUCACAAUCCCCAGCGAAAUCGAUCGAGGAGGAUCUGAGUAUUGGGUUUCAGACUCAGCUGCCACAGAUCAGUUGCAACGAGGAUUCCCGUGACGAGCUACUGCCGUUUAGUGGUUCUAUAGAGCACGAUCUGGAAAACAGACGCGAUAUCCGUUCGCCUAGUGAAGAAGUCGAACCGGCUAGAGAAGACGACGACAGUCCAACUAAGCAAAUAUUAGAUCAGCAGCCGGAUCUAUUAUCCUCCCCAAGCUCCGCCGACUGGCAGGAAUUCAAGGAUUUAAUUGAAACUCAAGCUCAAACUCACACUCCGAGUCAAGGAUUCUUAAGUCAAAUCCACUUGAGUAGUGCUAGUGGAACACGGGAGGAUCCUAUCCAGAUUGCUUCGCCAGAAGACGAAAGUUUUCCGGAGGUGCCUGUUCUCCAGCUUGGGGAUACUCAAAAUUCGACAAGCUCAAAGGGAUCAGGGCAUAGUCAAGCAUCGAGCCAUCUUCCUAGCCCUCCGGCUGAAGCCGUAAGACCGAGUGUCGAAGACUUUGAGCCGUUGGAUAUCAAGUAUCCUCCUCCAAUACACUCAUCCACAAGCAUGGAGGAAGCAGAUGGUCCAGCUGCAGUUGUCUCGGAUCAAGCCAAGAUGCAAGCCCCAAACGCGACGGAUAUCCUCAAGGCGAAAAUGGCAGAGGCAAGAGCUGCACGAGCAGCUGCUUCUAUUUCAAACUCACCUGCUCCUGGCCUGGUCCACUCGAACCAAAGUGCUGUUGCGAUGAAUCGGACAUUACCUGUUCAACCAGUUGACCCCUCGCCUGCACCUCCUGCAGUGCCUCUCUUCGAAUCUCCUGUAGCACCAGUCAGCGACCCUUCUAUAGCUACCGCCUCUGUUCUAGAAGCGCCUGCCCUUGCUGAAGGGGUUGUACCUUCUCAAACGCCAGCAAACAUGGAACCUGUUGCAGACCCUGAAGAAGACGAGGAAGAAGAAGAACUGAUCAAUUUGAGCGUCUUGCCUCUUGGACGUGCUGAGUACGAAGUGCCGCUUUCUAUGACAAGUUAUACUCGAGAUAUCUAUGUUCGCCGCAUAAGGAUAUACAGAGACUCGCUUCAAUCUUUCCUCGGAGAUGAAAUCUUAAACGACGGCUUGGUUGCAGAGGUGAACUCGUUAUUGCAGAUGUUACAGACUAUCUGCAGUCAUCCAGGAUUACUCGACGAAGAACACAGUCAGAAUGAGAAUCAUGAGAUACAGGCUAAGUGGGCUGAGAAUGUCAGCACAAAGUUCAUCUUCUUAGCAGAGCUCUUGGAGCUUAUGGCAGCAACCGACAAGCAUAUUGUCAUUAUAGCUCAACCUGAUCAGAUCAUGAAUGAGCUAGAGGCGUUGUUAAUGUACCAUGGCAUCAACUAUUCGCGAGCCGAUCAACAGAGAACGAACAGCGCAAGGCAGUUUCGAGUCACAAUAUAUCCUGCUGGAACACAGCAAUUUGCCGUGGAUCCGGCUUCAGCUGUCAUCGCUCUUGAUUCUAGUUAUCGAACACUUCCAUACCUUAAGCAGUUGCGGACACAGCCUUCGUUUCCGGAUCAGCUGGCACCAGUGAUAUCUUUGGUUGUGACCAACUCCUUUGAGCACGUCAACAGGUGCUUUGAUGACAAGCUUAACGCAGUUGCACGAAUGAGCAGGGUAGCCAGCUGUGUAUGCCAGCUGAUGGGGAGAGUAGGCACUUUCGACAGUGAUGGCUAUUAUGACCCACCUGGUGCAGCUAAUAAGGUCGCUGAGUAUCUCAUUGUUGGACCAGGAGAAGAUUCCUGGCCUUUGCUUCCGAUGCCGGAUAUCACAAAUAUUGAUCUGAGUCUUCUCAACAGCCAGAAUUCCUCUGAAGAGCAAUCUGCGACAUCAUUUGCUGCAAACACCCAAUCAGGGAUAAAACGCAUGUUGGACCUGGAAGAAUCCAUUGGUGCGGAGAAGAGACAGCGCUUAACGCCUAAUAAUAGCGAGAUGGACAGUUCACACAUCAGUGAGACUGUGCUCCGCGGAUCAUCAACACCCAUAGCAACCAAACCAUUUGUGAGCUCGACAGAGGAUGAGAGUGGGCAGAUCUCUUCACUUCUCGAAAAGGUCCGCAAUUUAGAGUCUCAAUUACGUGUAAAGUGUGCCAAGGAAUUGGAAUUGCGAGAAAUCAAUCAGGACCUCGAGUCUCGGUGUAGAAGCUACGAAGAUAGCAUGGCAAGCAUCCAACCUAAAUAUCAAGAAGCUCUGAACGAUAGAGGCGACUUUGAACAUCAGAACAACUUAUCAAUGGCUCGCGAAAUGAAAAUGAAGAAGGAACGCGACAAUAAGGAUGCAGAAGUCAUCAAAUUGCGCGAGAAAAAUCUGGAGCUCGAAGAUAAGCUCUCUGCGGCCGAGACUGCCUUAAGAACCUCCGCCGUUCCUGAAGCUGCCGAAUUAGCUACAUUGAGAGAUGAGCUCGCAAAGUCAAAACUAGAGAAUGAGCGAGAACAUAAGCGUUAUGUCAAUGCCACCAAUGACCUCGAUUACAUUCGGAGCACUUUCCAAACUUCGUCAUCCAGCGCUGCUGAGCAGCAGGCUGAAUUAUCCCGCCUCCAGACAGAAGUCGAUGCCUUCCGGGAGAAAGCUGCUUUUGAUAAAGUUCGCAUCCAGGAGAUUCAGUCCAUGAACGAGAACGCCGAGCUCCGUCAAGAAAAUGCCGAGCUUAGGGCCCGGUUGAAAGACCUUGAGCGAGACUACGACAAGAAGCAGCAAGAACUGAUGGCUGUGACAAAUGGCCGGAGAGGUACAAGAGGAACCAGUGUGCCCCAGAGUCCGAGAAUGGGUAACCAGAACCAGAACUCGCCAGGUCCUAGACCGAUUAGCAGAGUUCUACAGGGUGGCAGUAGAGGCAAUAGUCCUGCACCUGGAGAUGUGAGGAUCACGGGUGGUCCAGGUCCUAUAGCUGGUGGUAACUUUGGUGAUGCCUUGUUCCCAAAUUCAUUACCGCCGCCACCGCCGAGAGAGAGAUGGGGUCAACAUUUGCAAUGA